AUGGCGUCCUCCCUCAGCUCGCUGCUGGGCACAGCCUCCAUGGCAAGCUGGGAGUACCUCGUCAACUGGGAGUUGGUGGUGAUCCUCAGCGUCACGUUUGUGUUCUACUUCGCGCGCCUCGUGGGCUUCCUCCUCUCCGCGCUCCUCAAGGCCGUGCUCUGGAAGCGUUACCGCGUGCGCGUGACCGUGGGUGCGUUCCGUGUGGCGCCGUUGGGCGGCCGCAUCAUGGCCCGCAACGUGGUGGUGCUGACCGCGGACUACACCGUGUCGUUGCUCCGCGCCAACCUCACGUGGCGCUACUGGCUCGUGCGGGCCACGCGGCUCCCGCGCGUGUACUUUGCCGCCGACCCCGCGGAGCCCGCGGCCGCGUCCUCCGCGGCCCACAACGCCCGCCUGCCGCCGGCAUGGCGCUUGGACGUCGACGGCUUGGAGGUGUUCAUGUACAACCGCACGCCCGCGUACGACGCCAUGGACGCGGCGCUCCGCGCCGCCGCCGGCCUCACCACCGUCAAGCGUGGCGCGCUCGUGUUGGGCAACCACGCCGCGCCGGCCGUGCUUGUGGCGUCGUUCCGCGCGGCCCGCGGCCUCUGGGACGUGGCGCCUUCCGCGGCCCCCUGCGACGCCGGCCGCUCCACCUGGGACUUCCACAUGGACCGCUUCCAGGUGCACAUGAAGCCCAACAUCACGCACGACGCGCGCCGCUACACGGGCACGGGCCUGCCGUCGGCGGCGCUGGCCCCGCGGGGCGCACGCAACACGCCCGGCGUGCGCGGGCUCCGGGGCCUCCGAAAGGCACUCGCCCGGCUCCGCCGGCGCCGCGCCACGCACACGGACGGGCCCGCCGAGUGGCUCGGGCUCCGGCGAUACAUCGGCGACACUGCCGCGGGCCGCGCGGCCGCCGCGCCGGACUCGGAGGAGUACGCCAAGUAUAGCUUGCUCCUCGACUCCGUGGCCACGCAGCUCGUGUACUACUACGACACGCCGGGCGUGCAGCCGCGCGGCGACGCGCCCGGGCCGCCGCGCACGGGCGUGGACUUGGUGUUGUCCACGGCGACGGUGCACUACGGGCCGUGGGCCGAGCGGCAGCGCGGGCCGCUCCAGGCGCUCUUCUUCCCCGGCUUGGCGCGCGACGCGCGGGCGGCCGUGCCGUGCCCGCCGGGCGCCCGCCGCUCGUACGCGGGCUUCGACGUGCUGGUGGUCGCGCGCACCGAGCUCAUUGUGCGCGUGCCCACGCGCGAGUUCAGCAAGGACAAGGAGGAGCUCGCGGCGCGCGACGACGCCAAGCCGAGCAACACGCGGCCGUUCGGCUGGCUCGAGCUCAAGCUCGGCGCGGGCUCGCUGCUCCGCCAUGCCACGGUCUUCGAGGCCUCUGCGCGCGGCUGGCCGCACACGCUCGCGCUCGACGCGGCCGGCCUCGAGGUGCGGACGUCCGUGACCCACGACGUGGUGUUUGCCGCAGAGCGCCACGCCGUGCGCGCGGACAUCGGGCUCCCGCUCGCGUGGAACGGCCCGUGCGCGUGGUCCUUCGACAUGGACUCCGCCGGCGGGCGCUUCUUCGUGUUGCGCGAGCACGUCACCUUGUUUGCCGACGUGGUGGCGGACUUUGGCGCCGGGCUGCCGCCCGCGUUUGAGCACCACCGGGCGUUCACGUACGCGCUCCGCUGGGCCGUGCGCGACGUGCUGCUCUUCUUCAAUGUCAACGACCACAACAUCAUCAACGACCCGCUCGACUUCGACUCGAACAAGUACAUCUGCUGCAGCGCGCCCUCGUUGGCCGUGCGCGUGGACAUCCCGGCCGACGGCAUGUUCGCGGCCUGCUCCACCGUGGACUACGCAGUGUCCGUGCCCCGCUUGGACGUGACGCUCAUGGUGCCUCCGUGGCACACCGCUGGCGCAUUCAUGCACGGCUCCAGGAAGAUGGGCUGCACGGGCCCGCUCGAGCUCGCGGGCGCCUACACCUACUACGCCAACGUUGAGCUCGACCACAACAACUUCGCCACCAUCAACGUCACGGCCGACGACAUCACGCUUCUCUUCCACGGCUACUGGAUCCGCUGCCUCUUCACCUUCCGCGAAAACUACUUCGGCGACUUCGUCAACUUCCGCACCUUCGAGGAGUACAUCUUGAGCGAGGGCAUGGGCAACAGGGACUCCGCGUCCGCCUCGCUCAAAAGCUCGUCCGAGCACACUAGCACCGAGUACUGGAGCUUCCCCAAGGCCGAAAACGACGUCCACCUCCUCUUCUCCUUCAUGGCAAGGCAAGGCAUGAUCGUUGUGCCGUGCCUGAUCUACGACCAUGCCAACCACAUCAACUUGUCCUUCGACUACCUUGACGUCGACAUCCACAUUUGCCUGCUCUACAUGGAUCUCCAAGCAGACUUCAGCACCGCAAAGGGCUUCCAGGUGUCCGCAGAUACCCUCCCCUCGCGGGAGACUGUCUUCGAUCGCCUGAUUUACAGCGACUUGCUUGCCCUGCGGGCCCCCGAAAUCAUCAUCGACACUUUCAGCGUCCACACGCACAGGAUGCUUGGGGUGGACGACCUUACCUAUCACUGCAAGUGGGACUUCGCGUGCGACUUGAUCUCCAUCGACGGGCCCCCGUCCAUAUUAUCGUGCAUCGACAUGCUGUUGGACAAUUUCAUCUUGGGCUACAAGGACCUCGAAAAUUCCCUUAUCUACCAGGUUCCCGUUGUGUACGACGCUGCUCACUUCUCAUUCAGGUGUCCACAAAUUAGGAUCAGACUCCAAAUGGAUGCCCCCAAAACAUUUCUAGAGGUCCACUUAGAUGAUGUCCUUGCGACAUUCAAUGAUGUAGCUAACAACCGCUAUUCAACUCGUGACUCUUUCUUGCUACCUCGAAUCGUCAUGCAAAUCACGGACGAGUCGGAGGGUAUCAAGUACAAUGCUUUUGUGGAAACCUCGCUUCAUCUAACAAACUUCGGCCAGAAACUCAACAUGAAAGAACAUAGAGAUCUUCAACACGAGCACAUCAAAAGAAAUGAUGCUACAACGCACAGAACGUCUUUUUUUCUAUAUCCCGAAGAAAGAGACGAGCAGUUCAAUGCCGCAAAAAAUUCGAUGUUCUCGACGAUCUCGCUUCCAAUAGCCUCUUUCCCGCUCACAAACGACUAUCUUUCGUUUUCAGAGACCAGCGAAUCGCGCAGCACAGCGGAAAGCUUAUCUGGAUACACGAGUCUGGACCAGUCUUCGGUAGCUGGGGAUGAAAUGUACCCAACAACAACCUACAUGGAUGAUGACUUCAAACCCUUGUCUCAACCAGAGGACCAAUAUAAGAAUGACUCUUUGGUCUUGAAAUUCGAGACUUUUAAGGCCUGUAUUUGCCCAAAAGGACUACAGGGGUUGUCUGAGUUAGCUCUAGGCACCGAAGACUCGGACAUCGAAAUGUUGCUUGACAAGCUACAGUGCGGCAUCAUGAAGGAACUCAAGCACCUUAUCUUGCCUAUAUCCACGAUUGACAAUGUGAGACUCGUGAGUCCGUUGGUCGACGUACGAAUUGUUGAACAGAGCAUGUCUUUUCCAGAGUCCGCCUUUUACACAUCCCCAUCAUCGCCAGUGUUGACCUUGACCAUAUCGGAACCUUCAGUCGUGAUUCGAAAGCAAAAUUACCGUACACGCUUAGGGUCAUACUUGGAAGAACAAUCGGCGCUUACUUUAGCACUACAUGUCAGCGAUAUCUAUGCGUCUGUUUCGACUCCCAGCUGUUUUGCGGCUGCACUCACAGUACAGGCGUCUGGAGUUGAGUCAUGGUGUACGAAAAAUGAGGAGAGUACGCUGGUAGUUUCUUUUCUGUUGAAUGCAUUAAAAGUAAAUGCUGAUGAGCAAAUGUUGCCAGAAAUAAUUUGUUUUGUGAAAUCUCUAUUGCAGGGAGCAGACAGAGCCAUCCAGAACUUCAAAAGGAGCACAGAAAACUCUCAGAGAUGGAAAAGAGACUUGAUUUAUUCUCUAUGCAACUUUGCGUUGGUCAACAAGAUACUGUCAGAUCCUGAAGUGAUCACGAAGCCGGCCAGGAUUUUGAGAUCCAAUAGAGAUCACGUAAGGUUUUAUGAAUCAUGGAAAAUGUUAACCAAAUUAAGAAGCAUAGCUGAAGAGAUGAUAUCCAGUGAGGGAAAUCGGUACAGCUCAAACAACGAAUCACAGAAAGCACCAAACGAUGCAUUUGUCUUCGUGUCAGAAAGUUUUAAAGCCUGGAGGCCAUGGGAGGGUAAUAUGAAACAGCGAGAAAAUUUUCUAUAUCGGAUCUACAACGAGUCAAAAGGGUUUGAUAAUGGGCUUCAAGCUUUCUUCAAAAUCACAAGUCUUGAGAUUAAUCUUACAGGAUCAACGGACAACUAUCUCGCGUUUUCAAAAAUCAAUCUCCAAGCAACAACUCUCCUCGGCACCAAGACUAAAGACACGGAAAGACAAGUGAAAAAUGAGAGCAAGAGAGUCGACAUCGUAUUGAACGUCGACGCUAUUGACCUGACUUUGAACUCUUCAAUAAUUUCAAUAUUGGAUCUCUUCAGAAACUCUGAUAUAGCAGGGAACAGGAACAGCGCAAAAAAUUUCGAUAUGGAGAAUACCGGGAGCACCAACUUUGUCUUCUCAAUCCUAAUCUACUUGAGUUCCUUGCGUUGCCGGUUCAAUUUCAUUAAUACGCACGUUGAUAUGGCAAUCAACGAGUUUGCUGCAUCAACAAUUGGUACUCUUUCGAUGGGAUCUACAUUCAGUGUCGGCUGGGCUCUGACCUUGGGAGAAAUGGGUAUCCAUUUCGGUAAACAAGAUGUAAAAUACUUGAGCUUGGUUUCUGAAGAAACAAGUUUGAUCGCCACAGGAUUGAAAGAUAUUUCACAGAUUACUCUCGUCCUUCAGCUGAAUACUAAAGAUUUGAACUUGAAAGUAUUCGAUGACCAGAACACUAUUGAAACUGUCAUCACCGAAUUUUUGAAUGAGGAUUUGAGUUCGUUUUCCGGAUUCAAGACUCCUCGCGAAGGGAACAAAACUUUGGUUGAAAGUACAAAAACUGGAAAUUCUCUUUUUGCGAGAAGUGUUACCCUGGCAUUUAGCGUCGAGAAAUUUCUGUUUUUGAUAGAUAUACUACACCCACUCAAAAUCCAAGGAAUUUUGGCAGGAGCAAGGUCCAACAUUCAAGUUUCUGAUUUCGAAAAUUUCGGAGAAUACUCUCACAAGAGCUUCUCGCUGGAAAUUGGUAUCUAUGAUGUCUCUGUCAUGAGGUCCAAAAGUUCCGAAUUUUCCAUUUCAACGACAGCCACGAGACUAGAGGAUAUCUGGCUCAUUAAAACAGACAUACUUUCAGAUUACGUCAAAGUAAUCACCCCUCUGCUCGUGAAUUCUUUAGAUACCUUCUUAAAGAACAAAAAUGUCAUCGAGAAGAAAAUUGACACGUUGAGGAGAGCGGUACUCAAUAGCCUGUUGAUUCACACAAAAUCCGAUAAUAAGUCCACAGACGUCGCGCAACAAAUAACCCCAGUCGAAUCAAAAACAGAUAAUUUUUGUUUCAAAGUUCAAUUGACACAAAAAUACUUCGGCUGGUUCACUUUUAAAGAUCAAACUCGAUUGACAAUAGAGCUCGAAGACUCAAGGGUGUCAUUGGCUAAGUCUGCAGGCCGGAACAUGCCUAUGAUCCCUGUAUCUGGGGAGUUAGUUUUUCCCGUCACCAGGAUCACAAUAUACUCGCCUCUGUUUUCCAUUGGGCUCUCAACGUUAUUGGACUAUCAUCUCUCUGUCAAACUCUUGAACAACACAGCUUCAAAAGAAAGUGGACAAGGCGGGCAAUCCUUACAAGUCGAAUCUGAGUAUUUCCGUGUCUGCUUGAGCCCCCCUAUUCUAUUCAAGAUCUUUGAAUUGACCGAUGGUCUCAAGCGCGUAAUUGAUGAACAUGACAAAUCUGCAGCUCAAAGACUGCCACAAGAGCAAUUGCCACCUUUGAGAAGCGGUUCAAGAAGAUCUUAUUUCACCUCAGUCCACGUCUUAUCAUACAACUUUUGUAUCGGAUGGUUGUUUGGAGCCUCUUAUAAAGACUAUCCUGGUUUGAUUUUGGGAGCGGAGAGAAUAUUUGCAGUAACAAAAGCCGAUUUGGGAAAAUUGACUGUAAUAGGUGGAUAUCUUUCUGUUGCGCACGGAUCUUCCUCCUCGAAUUUCUACAGUUCCACUUCGGAGAUUGAUAACCUCAACCGUGCUUUUAUGCCCAAAUUACAAUUGAAUUAUUACGUCGAUCAGCAUCAAAAGCUUUGGUUAACGCUCAAAGGUGAUGAAUUAGAUGUCCGAUGCAUGUCAAAUUCAACGGUUUUAAUCGAGCGAGGAAUGAAGUCUGGAACUGAGAUGCGCAGCUAUUUCGUAGCAAAAUCAAAGAGAGCAGCAUACAUGAAAGAGAAUUCCAAGGAAUUAAAGCUCGUCACCAAAGCCAAAACUGAAGCUCCCAGAAAAACUUUCAACCCUCAUUUUUCGGCAGUGCAAUUCACAGUUGUAUUCGUGGGUGCCAGGGUCUUCAUCUAUAAGCUUCAAGAGGACAAUUUACAGGAGGAGCCAAACUCACUUACUCUCCAAUCUCCAGCCAUGCUGAUGGUGAUUGACUACAAACACUUAAAGAAUGCCUCGGUGAAACAUAUUUUAAAAACUGAAAUCCUCAUGUCUCAAUCCGAUAAUACUGUUUAUUCUUCUUGUGUCCCGGUGGUGGAAGAUUUUGUGCACACAUUUAAGGAUUUGUUCAAAAUUUCUCAAGAGAAACAAAGCUUGAUUCAAAUUCCCGAUAAGGAGAGCAAGCCCUCCAAUCUUGGAACCGAAUUUGGCAGACUAUUUGAACAAGCAGACAUUCAUGUUGGGAUAAGAAUUGAAAAGCAAAAAAUUUCCUUGAGUUGUGAACCAACGGCCAAGGUUGCCGCUGUUGUUGAGUAUGAUGGGGCGUCUAUUAUGGCAUGUUCCGGCGUGGAAGCCUUUGACUCAAUAUAUAUUCUUGGUCAGAUAAACUCGAUCUCUGCGUCUUUACAGCACAUAUAUUCCGAUGAAAGAAGCGGAUCGCUUUUGAUCAAGAAUAUUGUGUUGUCAAGCAUGUUAGGUUUCAGACAAAACUUAGAGAUUGUCUCCUCGUGCUGCAUUUCAGACAUUGGUGGGUACAUCAAAAUGAAACAGUAUCAAGACGUUGAUCUAUUUCGUGAUAUAUGGUUUCCGGAGACCUACUCUUCAAGUGUACAAGAGGUACAUGAAGAACCAUCAAGAAAUCAUACACAAACACCGAAAAAUUGCAAGGAUUCCUCUGUCUCCGGAGUCUCUGUUGCGCUAGAUUUCAUAUUCUCUAACAUAAUGUUGGAGGUUGACUUCGGACCCGCUUUGGGGAUAAUGGCUCUUGAAGUCGACAAAGGUUGGGCAUUAUCAAAGAAAAUAUCAAGUUGGUCGUACGAAUUAAAGCUCGGAUUCCAAACUUUGCUCGUUGGAUCUGAAGGUCGUCUUGGAGGGUACUUAAAGGUGGGAGGCUUUUUUCUCAACUCUGCUGUUGAAUGGAAGCUAGACGAAUUACCAGUGCUCGAAGUACCGUUGGUUCAUAUGGCUGCAGGCUUUGGCGAAAUUCAGCUCAAGUCUAUUUUUGAUGAACAUGUGUUUGCUUUUGCCAACUUGAAAGGUUGGAGAUUUGAUGUGUUCAACAGAAAGAAUGGUACAAACGUCUCCAAAGACCAUCUUUUUGUUUCGAUUCGCUAUACCCGUGCUGAGGCAUAUUUGACAUCUUUGGCAGUAUCCGACUUUUACGACAUUUAUGAGACCAUUUCUCGUAUGAUUGACGAAAAGCGCACGUCCUACAAGGAGAUUCUCAAGGAUUCCAACAAAGAGAGCUUGAUGAGUAGAGCAUGCUCCAGCGAGUUUCUCGAAGUGGCUAAAAAGUUAGACACUCAGAUCGAGGUCUUCACUGGUGUAACAACUCUUCACGUGUAUCCGCACUCAUUUCAUGAUAGCAAGGUGUUUGUGAUUCAUCUCGAUAGGUCAACAGCCAAUUUCACGCAAAAUGAGUACGAGUUUGGUGUUUCCAACCAAAUUGAGUUACAACUUAACAAUGUGAAGGCAUCCUUCUCGAGCACAGCCGGGGCAACGAAAGAAAACACGCAAGAGUUUGAUGUUGAUGCGUUGAGCGAGUAUGCGUCCAGAGCUAAAGGCGGUACCAUCCUAGAGUUUCCUCGUUUUAUGAUUUCAAUGAGGACAUACCAGAAGUUGGGUACAAAUGUCGUGGAGUAUCUUUUCCAAUCGUCGUUUGGGGGCACGGUGGAUAUCAGAUGGAAUUUGGGCUCGGUGAAUUGUGUCCGUGAAAUGUACUCGGCACACAAGAGGGCGCUUUUGUCUAGAACAGAGGCUUCAAAGAACCAUGCUGCAGCAUCCAAAGAAGACCUCGAUUUCAACGACAUCAUUGCACAAAAUCCAGUUAGUUCGACGAGCAAGGCGGGAGAGGAGGCGGAAAAAAUGCUAUCAUCUACUGAAGCUCCCCAUAAGGAUUUUGACAAAGAUAUACAGCAGACGAUGGAGAAUGUGACGAGCAAAUCAAAGUUCACAUAUUUGGCAUUGGCCCCCGCGAUCAUUGAGGCCCCGCGAUUGAAAGAACUUGGCAACGCCACUCCGCCUCUUGAGUGGUUUGGGUUGCACCGGAACAAGUUUCCUGAUGCCACGCAUCAGCUCGUGAUCGUCACGCUACAAAAGCUCAUCCAUGAAAUUGAAAGUGAGUACUCGAAAACACUUGGAAAGGCGUGA